ACACACUGCUGAGACUGCGAUUAUACAGCAAUACGGGAGAGCCAGACUUGGUCGGGGCAACACAACAACAGGGACAACUACUUCAGUUUGCUCAACGAUUUGACUCGUCCAAAAUAAGCUGCAUUCAAACUGGUCAACCUUUCGAACGCGGUAGCAUGCAGCAGAUGCUCCAGACGCCCGCGCGAUGGAUCGAAUCCGCCUCAUUUGGGAGUCUGAGGCCAACAGCGGAUACCAUGAUCAACCUGAUGGACGUGCUACGCAACAACGGUCUGCCGACACCAUCAACGUGCAACGCGAAGAUCGACUGCAUUUUCAAGGAACCGCAGUGGCUUUCGAAGAGUGAACACGGAUGCAAGUUGAUGAACAGCCAAAGCUUCGUUCGUCGAGGGUGUAUUUUUCCCGAUGCAACACCUACAACAGAAUGGAGUCAAUUGGAGUCCAUAAGCACCUGGGACCCUGGACGCUCAGUGCGAACGAAAGUAAACCGACCAGUGGUUGGUUUACCUGGGGGGAGUGUUACGCGCGGCAAGCGCUAAACGCACCUCGCGGACCAGCAACAGUACAUCCCGUACAGAUGACAGCUGCCAAACGGUGAUGCCACGAACAAAGAUCCUUUACAUUCCUCGUAUCGUCACCGUCUGAGUGAUUAGUGCUAGCUCAAAACGUAUUUUUCGCCAUGAAGGCCUUUUUAAUUUAGUUAAAUUAGUUAUCAAAUACCUGCUCCGAGAAUUAGGUACUUAUCAAUGUGUUUAUUGAUAAUAUUAGUGAGUUAUUAUUACAAAAUAUAGCUUAAACAUCCCUCCCCCCCCUUUGUGCAGGUAGUACUCCACGCGGGAUUCUAACCUGAACCGAUCUGCAUCAACGAUGCUCAAUUGAACACCCAAAUUGGGACCGCUGACACUAAACGAAAUUUAUAACUCUCUCUCUCCUCCCACUGAAAUACAAUCGCAAUGAACUCGCCAAACUGCGACGAUUUUUGAGUUAUAAAUCCGGAAAAUAUCAGCACCCGUUGCCCAGCUCGGCAACAAUUACUAAAAGUUAACCGUUUUAUGGCAGGAAUCAGAGGUCCAGACUUCACCAAUAACAGUUACAUAGCAACCCAGGGUCCUAUGUCAUCGACCAUUUUUGAGUUUUGGUUGAUGGUUUACCAAAACGUCGAAAAAAUUGUUGAGGAAGACACGGAUAGAUCUAUUCUCGUUAAACAAAAGAUAAUAAUGCUAACAGACUUUGUGGAAAACAGUCGACAGAAGUGUGCAGUAUAUUUUCCACAGCAACUUAAUGAAUCGAUGGUAUUUACUAGCCAAACCACAGACAAAACGCAAGCUGUACUAUCCAGGAAUGCAAACGUCGUCAACGAUAUUCUUAAUUUUGAAACGCGGCAAAUUUCGAGGCCAACCGUUCCUGAUAUUAAUUUUAAUUAUUUUUUCAUUACCAAUGUCGGUAUCUGUCUUAAAAAUGGCUAUAGCACGCGUAAGCUAGUGGUGAUUUAUUCAUAUCAAGCGAAUAGUAAAAAUCUUGAAAUAUGCAAAGCAUUCGAAGUUUAUCACUAUUGGUUCCCAGACUGGCCAGACCAUAGAUCUCCAGAAGAUAUUGAUGUCUUACUCGAUAUAAGUCUGGAUAUACUCGACAGUGACUGCAGUGAUGAUUUUGAAACAAAGACAAAUACUUCACCGACAAAGCUAGCCUGUGCCCUACCAAUAAUUCAUUGUUCUGCAGGAAUUGGUAGGACUGGAUGCUUGUUGGCAAUUUUGAACGGUUUAAAUCAAAUUCGUGCUUCAAUUAAUUUAAUUGAUCGUUCAGAAGAUCAAACUCAAGGAGAUAAUGAUCUAACAAAUACACCAUUGGAAAUACAACAGCGUCAAAGCUCAACCUGGAUUAGCAAUCAAGUGGGUGUUGACAUACUAGGAAUCGUAUGUAAUCUGCGGCUUCAGCGUGGAGGAAUGGUUCAAAACUCUGAACAGUACGAGCUUAUUCAUAGGGCUUUGUGUUUGUACAUGCAAUCAUCGGGCAUUAGAAGGAAAGCUCAUGUAAAUAAGCGCUGCUAGUCUUGCUAUGGAUUAUAACCUUUGACGGAACUUUUAGUAAAGAAAUCUAAGAGUGUCUACUGAGUGGUUCUCUACGAUUUCGCAAAUCGACUUUUCUUCAUUUUUUUUUUAUUUGGGUGAAACUUUGUCCAUGCAUUCCCCGUGUCAAAAGAUGUCAUUUGGCAUCAUUAGAUUAUCCAUACAAGUCUUCAUACAAUUUUGGUGGCUGGUCAUACAAAAUGGAUAUGUAAAUGUAUCAAAUUAUGUAUCUUGAGAAGAAAUUUUCUGAUCGAUUUGGUAUCUGUCGUGACUGAAGCCCGAUUUUUCACUGAAUUUCGGAAUAUUUCGGAUAAGGAUGAAUAACGCGUCGUUUCAAGCUCAAGCAAAACACACGACUGAUUUAUUUCUCGUUUUCUCACACACACAUUCUCAACUUCUCUCUCGGCUGACCUGCUCUCUCAUUACGCUACAUGAAUGCUCUCUUCUCAUUCUCUCUCUUCUCUGCCACACUCAUUCACUAUAUCCUCGUUCUUUCCUACUCUAAAAAUUCAAUCAUAUAUUCAGAUUAACACCAGCUUGGUGAUCCUUGGUAUUCAGGAAGCUCAGCUCAUCUCAGAAUUCGGCUUCAGCAGAUGCUUCUCCGGUAUCCUUGAUCGUGACACAUAUUAGCCAAAAUCCCAACGUCAACGUGGUUACCUGUAAUUAAAGAAAUAAAAAAAACGACAACUUCGAAAGCUAUCGUGUAAUUAAUUGAUUGUAUAUUGUACGAUCAGUUCCUAACUGGAAUCGGCUCAACGACCGACGAAAUAGGCGGCGGGUCAGAUGCAGGCCCGUGAUACUAACGUACACAGAAAAAAAAAUUCGGUAAAUUUACAUCAUUUAUGAUGUACCAAAAGUGCACGUCAUUAAUGAUGCUAAUUUAAAUGAGUUUCAUUUUAAAUUAUCAUGCCAUCCAACGUAAAUCUGCCGAACAAACUUUGCUCUAGAAUCGUGUAAAUUUCCGAUGAAACUUACGUAAAUUUACCAAAGCGAAAAAAAAAUUUUCUCCGUUGAAUCCAGAAUCCGAUGUAAAUUUUAUCGCUUUUUAUGCCAUUGCUGGGAAUGAUAUACUUUUAGUUUAUUUUUGAUAUAAAUUUGAUUGCUGAAGUUUCAAGAGGGAUCGUCAAAGAACUAAAAGUAAAUCAUUCAACAUAGGCCUAAAAAUUACAUCAAAAUCUAGAUUCAACGGAGAAGCAUCAAGCUAUAUCUUGAAACAUGUUUAAAUUCACUAUAGAAAGUAAGAUAAAAAGGUGGAAUGUGAAAAAACCUCAAUAAAAUACAAAAACAAACUUGCUUAAGCUUUCGUAAGUUGCGAUUUUUAGCCUACCUUACACUUCUUAACGCCUAAACUCCCUAGCUCGAGAAAAAGGGGGAAUUUCUAUUCAGAUUCGAGUUUAGGUGUUAAAUGGUGCACAAAGUACACUAGCGCGACCGGUUAAUAUUGAGAUACAACUUGCCGAUUGAUAAGAAAUAAGCAUUGAAAAAGGAUGAUACAAAUCAAAACAAUAAUUGUAGUUAACCUUUUUUGUAUAAGGACCAAAGAACCAAAAUAAACAUUCAGUUUAUCCCACUCACUCCAAUGAUGUUGACAAAAUACAGGAGCAAAAAGUAAUGAAUGUUUACAUCUAGUUCUUUGGUUUUUAUAGAACAAAGUUUAGAAGCUUACCAUUAAUUUUGUUGACUUAAUCUUCGGGAUAAAAUGCUAAACAUACAUGCUGUCAUCAGCAGACGCGAAGUCAUAGGCCGUCCGCGCCUUAAAAAUGCUAAUGCUGAACGUCAAAUUCGGCUUGAUGUAACUGCAGGUGAAUCUGUUGCUUGCCGCCAUCACUGACGGCCGUCAUUUCCGUGAGGUUCAUCGUGCUCAAAUGACCAUUUCCGCCGAUUAUCAAAGGCUCUGUACAGCUGCUGGUAGUGUUCGCUGUCCACGCUCUGAUAAACCAAAUCAGGAAUAAUUUUAUUUAUUUUAUUUUUGGUAUGGCACAGGAACCAAACAGGAACAUUUGCAAAUUUGAAAAGAGCAGCAUUCACAUUGUGUAAAAAAGUAGCUUAGUAGGCCAGCACUUUGUAAAAUAGUUGUCUUCAGCCAUGGAUUUUGAAUAAUAAAGCAACAUGCAUUUCCA